GUAAUCGACUAUAGGGCCUGGAGUUCGCGGGUCAGGGGUCACUCUUGAGCAGCGCUGUUGGAGCAGACGGUUCUAAAAUCAACUGUUUGUUUACAAUGUUUAUCUCUUUUAGCGAUCCACUCAUGCGCUGCAUUAAAAGCCGUUUACUCAAUUGAUACAUCUGCGUACUUUUUCGCUAUUCUCUCUUUUUACGUCUUGUAUUAAACCUGAUCAAAGGCAAACUGAUAAGUUGUUAGCUAUCAAGACUUCUUUUAGUUUUCUGUUUUAGUGUUAUAACGAGGAGAGUUUCAGUUGCUGGUUAAAAAACAUUAAGAACAUAAUACCAAAAUGCAGGAAUUAAUCGCAAAUGUCGAUCACCUCAAGUUUGAUCUAGAAAUUGCUGUAGAACAACAAUUGGGCGCUCAACCAUUGCCAUUUCCAGGAAUGGAUAAGUCUGGCGCUGCUGUGUGCGAGUUCUUCAUGAGAGCUGCCUGUAUAAAAGGUGGAAUGUGUCCAUUCAGACACAUCAGUGGAGAAAAGACUGUGGUGUGCAAGCACUGGCUUAGAGGUUUAUGCAAGAAAGGAGACCAAUGUGAAUUUUUACACGAGUAUGAUAUGACAAAGAUGCCUGAAUGUUAUUUCUACUCUAAAUUCGGGGAGUGCAGUAACAAAGAGUGUCCAUUCUUGCACAUUGAUCCAGAAUCUAAGAUUAAAGAUUGCCCAUGGUAUGAUAGAGGUUUUUGUAAGCAUGGUCCGGAUUGCAGGCACAGACACACAAGAAGAGUCAUUUGUGUAAAUUACCUUGUUGGCUUCUGCCCGGAGGGCAAGUCAUGCAAAUUUAUGCACCCAAGAUUUGAACUUCCAAUGGGUGCGACUGAACAGCCACCACUACCGCAACAAGCACAGUCUCAGCAAAAGGUUUUUUUAAAUCAGCAAAACAUGCAGCCCAUAAACAGAUCUUCACAGUCACUCAUCCAAUUAACCAACCCAAAUAUCAACAACAACCACCAGAGAAUUCCAAAUGCUGUUGGGAUAAUGCAUUCUAACAACAUGGGUGGACCUCGCGGUCCUCGUCCACUGGACCAAGUUACGUGUUACAAGUGUGGUGAGAAGGGCCAUUACGCAAACAAAUGCACAAAAGGACACCUGGCGUUUUUGAGUGGACAGUAGUUUUCUGAAUAAUGGAUCUCGCAAAUUGAAGAGUUUGAUUCCUGGUACAUUACCCUUUCACUGUAGGGUAAUAGAUGAGUGAUGGAAAUGUGGCUCUACCUCACUGUCCAUGUGCCAAGAGCAUCACAGUCAGUACACAUUGAAAAGGUAGAAGUAAAACCGCUUUUAUAUGGAUUUUUGUUUUUCUUUCACAUGAAACCUUACAUAAUCACAUACUUUGAAAUGUGAGUCUUUUGUAUUGGAGCAACAAGCAUCUUGAUUGCUUAAACUUUAAAACAGUGCUGAAAUUACAUAUGAAACAGUCUUUAUGAUGAACAUUGUGUCAAUCAGCAACCAAGAUGAAGAGAUGGGCAUCAUUUUGCAGUCUAUUGAGAUGCCUGUUUGUAUCAAUAAAAUAAGACUAUUGUUGUACUUAUAAUAAAGAUUAACUGAAUUUAUGAAAGCAUUA